UCAAAGUUAUUCCAGGGCAUGAGGGGGUUUCAUAGGGGCGGGUCUGUGUGCGGGUGGCGUGCCAUGCCUAAGGGUAUAGGACACCGAUAGAUACGGAGGCCCCGCUCUCUUGGGCUUCCUUCGCAAACGGAUAAAAAGGGGAGCUGGAAGAGAGCAUGCCGACGAUGCGAAAGGGCUCCAUACGGCUUUCAGGGUUCGCUCUAUCGUACUGCUACCAGUAGGGCUCUACUUAGAUAAAAGGAAGGGAUUUAUAGUCCACGAGUUACUAUUCGGGGAUUAUAAAGGAGUAGAGAAAUACGAAAUAUGGUGGGAAGUAGAGCAAGCGAUGCGAAGCUCGGGGAGCCCUCAGAACGUCAACCGCUUUCGUCAAAAGAAAAAGGAAAAGCACCUAGCCGGAAGGAAGAAGAAGAAGCUGCAGAAGAAAAGGAAGCCGAAGAUAGAGAGAGAACCGUCUCCAGCGCACCAAUGGGAGAAGGGGACCCUGCAAGGACAAGUGCUGUUGAGGUAACGGUUCAACCAAGUGCCCAAGCAGCAACAACAACUGAGCCGGGUAAUACGGCAGAAGAUAUAUACAACACUCGGGCCAGAGAAUCUUGCGUCAAAUACCCGGCUAAUCCAAGUUACGUCCGGGAGAACGCGACAAUCAGAGAAAGGGCAAUGUUACAAUGAAUGAGGAUAGGUGUUGAAAGAGGACUUCCCCUCCAACUCGAGAGAGCGCUAAAAGGCAACUGGAGGACUCCAAGCCAAAAAUAGAAAUGAGACCGGGUGUUCAUUCAUACGGGUUCAUAACGGAGCCUCUAAUUGCAAGAGUCAGACAAGCCCUGGAAAUGAAGAUGAAUAAAGAAAGAAAUGACUUGGAAUUCCACCGGGAAACCCGAAAAGAACAAACCUUACGGGAAGUCCAUAAAAAAGCGGUGCAAGAAGUCAAGCGGCUGGCCGAGAAGAAGGAGUCGUUAACAAAAGAUCGGAUGAGUGAGUUGGAAAAGAAAAUAGUUCGCCCUGCUCAAAGUGCUCAAAGAAAGGCUUGAACAACGGAUAAAAGAACUUUAUGCAGAACUUGUACAAGCGAAUAUCUAUGUGAAUCUGAUCAACAAAGAAAUGGAGAAGACCAGACAAGAGUUGGAUCAGGGCAAGGUGACUGUUCAGAAACUGCAAAAAAGAUGAAAUCACUCUCCGUCCAGAAAGAACGAGCCGAAGCCGCCGCUCAAGCAAGCAUCGAAAAUGUCCUUCUUGCACCCAGGUUUUUUAUGUAUUGUAUCUUUGACUAUUGUCAUCUUAAUCUGUCAUGAAUGAAAAAUUUGAUGAUGGAGGAAACAAAUGUCUGAAGCGGGUCGGUUGCUGGCUACUAUCCGCCGUUCAUCCUGCUGAGCUUUGAUCUCACUAAGUUCUGCUGCCUGCAGACUGCCUGGACAGAAGAGGGGUACUCGUGUGGUGCUAAGAGAUGGCGAUUUAUCGUAUAGAAGAAUAGAUCCGCGGACCUAUUGAUUGACCAUAGAUGCGAAGCGAUCGACCACUAUCUAAGAGAAGAGUUGUAGUUCUUCUAUCGAAAAAGGGCAAGGGGAGAAGAUGUAGCGGCUUGCCUAGAUCUCGUAUUUCCCACGUAGUACGUCGGUCAAACCAACGAUUCUCUUCUCAAAGGUUUAGAGAGAGUCUUUUUCUUUUUCCGGUAUGUAGCUCCGCGAGCAAGGAGCGCAUCGUCGGGGCAGGGCGAAAACGAAGAUAGGAUCAUCAUCAUGGCCCUUUUCUUCUUUCUUUUGUUUGUGUCCGGUCCCUUGUGUGUGUUUUUUUUAAGGCAACUCUGGGGGCUCUGGGGCAUCCAAUUCCUCUUCUUUUGCUGCUGAUCUCACAUCGAGAGCAGCUCCUUCUUGUUCAGGGUCAUCAGAUGAGAGAUCUUCCUCCGACUCCGAGAAAUCGGUCAAGCGGGAGGCUACCCUCGACUCACCUUUAUAUCUAAAAAAACCCCUCCCCAGAGGAGAGCAGAAGCUCCAGGAUGAGUAUGUCCUGGAUUCCCGGAUUCAUUCUCGUCCUGAUACACUAUGGAAUUUUCGAAAUCUACAAAAACAUUCUAGGAGAGGGCUCGGUUUGAUCUUCUCAAAGAUCAUAAGGUGCUGAAGUGGCAGGAGUUGGGGGCGAUCUUUAGCUUUUUGUGAAAGGGAUGCUCUUAUCAUGUUAUUUCUGAAAAGAAAAACCGAAUUCUUGAUGUCGAUUCAUCCACACUUCCAUUCCUUGGAGAGGAAGGCUAACUGCUUGCUGGCUGGGAGCUGUAUGAGCGGUAACGUCCACGUACGGCUCCGUGAGAAGGGCGGUGGACAGAAAUGGCCUUGUUGUACCUUACUCUCGUCUUCAAUGGGGUCUGCUCUUUUUUUUUUGGGAGAGUAUGCCAAUAUGAUCUUAAUGAGGUGCGGGGCUUUGCAUCUGACAUUCGUUGGGCUUCCCUCUUCGGGAGCCUGCGUCCCGGCGUUUUUGUGCAAUAAACCCCUCCGGCCGAAGACUAGUGGUA